AUGACAGCUCUCAAGGACGGAGGUCUGGUAGUGACUGAGGGUCAGAAGGUGAGCUUGAUCGACAAGGAAGGUUGGAUCACGUUGCUUGCUGGGUGCGAGGAGGACGGGCUAGAGGACGGGGUCGGGGAUCAGGCGAGGUUCAACAGCCCUGUUGGGAUAGUGGAGAGCAAGGAAGGUGACCUUUACCUCUGCGAUCAGGAGAACCACUGCAUCAGGAAGGUCACGCGGAAGGGAGAGGUGACGACGUUGGCUGGCAACGGAGAAGAAGGUUACCAUGAUGGCAAGGGCAAGGACGCGCGGCUGAACAUUCCCACCGGCCUCUGCAUGGAUGCUCAAGGGAACAUCAUCUUUGCUGACUCCGGCAACCAGAGGAUCAGGAAAGUGUCUCCUGAUGGCACUGUGACGACGAUUGCUGGGUCGAAGAAAGGGUUCAAGGACGGCCCAGCGGGCAAAGCGCUCUUCAACUAUCCGGCCUAUGUCGCGGUGGACAGCAAGGGAAGCAUCUUCGUGUCUGACUUUGGGAACCACUGCAUCCGCAAGAUCGACGGGGAAGGGAUGGUGACGACUGUAGCUGGGAACGGGAAGAUGGGAUGGGCGGAUGGGAAGGGAGCCAAGGCUCGGUUCAACAGCCCGCAGGGAAUGUGUAUCGACAAGGAGGACACGGUCUACAUUGCAGACUACGGGAACCAGAGGAUUAGGAAGAUGAGCAAGGAGGGAGAGGUGGUGACUGUGGCUGGGAGCGGAGAGCCAGGCUUCGCCCAUGGCCAUGGGCAGCUCGCUCGGUUCAGGGGCCCGAGGAGCGUGUCAGUAAGUCAGGACGGGAUCGUCUACGUCGGAGACCGUGAGAACUUCCGUGUGCGCAAGAUCUCUGAGGAUGGAUACGUGUGGACGUUCGCUGGGAUGGGGAAGCUGGGAGGAUGCGGCGACGAUGCGUGCGAGGAUGAAUUUUGUGGCCCCACCAGGAGGCUGUCGAGCCGCCGAGUCAUGGAGGGAGAGGAGUUUUAG